AUGAGAAAUUAGACAGCAGUAACAGAAUUUAUUCUUCUCGGAUUGACAAAUGACCCACAAUGGCAGGUUGUACUUUUCGUAUUUCUUCUUGCUACCUACAUGCUUAGUGUGACUGGGAACCUGAUCAUUAUCAUUCUCACACUUUCAGAUCCCCACUUAAAGACUCCAAUGUAUUUCUUCCUUCGAAACUUCUCAUUCCUAGAAUUAUCAUUCACAUCUGUCUGCAUCCCCAGAUUCCUUGUCACUAUAGUGACGGGAAACAGAACUAUUUCCUACAAUGAUUGUGUGGCUCAGUUAUUUUUCUUCAUCCUGUUGGGGGUGACAGAAUUUUACCUUCUGGCUGCCAUGUCCUAUGACCGCUACGUGGCCAUCUGCAAGCCUCUCCAUUACGUGACCAUCAUGAACAGAGUCUGCAUACUCCUUGUCUUUAGCUCAUGGCUUGCAGGAUUCCUGAUCAUCUUUCCACCAGUAAUUCUGCUGCAGAAGUUGGAGUUCUGUGCCUCCAAUGUAAUUGAUCAUUUUAUCUGCGACUCUUCUCCGAUUCUACAGCUUUCCUGUACAAACACUCGCUUUCUAGAACUCAUGGCAUUUAUUUUAGCAGUGGUAACACUUAUGGUCACCUUAACACUAGUUAUGCUCUCCUAUACGUACAUCAUCCAGACAAUUCUGAAAAUUCCUUCCAAGAGUCAAAGGGAAAAAGCCUUUUCCACUUGUUCCUCCCACAUGAUAGUGGUCUCCCUCUCUUAUGGAAGCUGCAUCUUCAUGUACAUUAAGCCUUCUGCAAGGGAAAGGGUGACUUUAAACAAAGGGGUAGCUGUAAUCAUUACCUCAGUUGCUCCUCUCCUGAAUCCUUUCAUAUAUUCACUAAGGAAUCAGCAGGUAAAGCAAGCCUUCAAGAACAUGGUCCAGAGAAUGGUCUUUUCUUUAUAUAAAUGA